AUGAGCUUUGAAGACAACCAAGCAGAGCUGCGCGAUUUUUACGCAGAGGGCCUAGCAGAGCAGCAGAAGCUCGAGGAGGAGAACUUCCUCUUGCAGCAGGAGGCCAAGCGCCUCAUUAAGCUUCCUUCUCUUCAAGCGAAGCUCCACCCCUUCAAGGACCAUGGCCAGCGAACGGAAGCAGAGCUCAUAGUGAAAUAUCACCAGAGCCUUUCAGACAUAGACCAGUGCAGGGUUGACUUGGAUACGCUGCAAUCCAGUAUUGAUCAGGAUACAGUUGUGCUCCGAACAAACCUGGAAAAGCUCGAGAGUGAGGCGACAGAAUUAACUACAGCAUUUACUGCUUUGCGGCGCGCCUCCUUCGGACACCUGGAGCGGUCCCAUGGGGUGAUGCUCACUCAGGCGGAGGCAGAGAGUUUGGAGGACAAAUUCCAGGCCCUUGUGAAAGAGCAUGAUGCUCUGCGCCUACAAGGUAUUACUCAAAAAGAAAAGAUCGCUGCUCUCACGUCCAAGAUAAAGAAGACUAAUGAGUUUGGAGAUAGAAUGAAACGUAUAGACUUCGAACAGAUUAAAAUAGAAAAUCAGACACUUGCUGAAAAGAUAGAGGAGCGCUCAGAGGAACUCUUAAAGCUCCGCCGGAGAACAGUGUCCACGCUCCAAAUUCUUGCUCACAUCCGAGAAAAGCGGCACUUCAUCACUGCACAGGUACAGAUGAUGAAAAGGGAUCUAUUGAAUUUAGACGAGCAGCUAGGCAAACUCCGGGACCGGCUCUCUCAGCUUAAGAAUGCUAGGACGCAUGUCCGGAAGCAGGCCGACGACUCUAGGGACAUGACAGGACUAAGCGGCAAUCCUAUACUACUGGCAGACUAUAAGCAGAGAGAGCAGAAUGUGUCACAACUUCACGAGGAUGUGGCGAGGAUAAAGGAGCGAUACGAUGAACUUACUAGUAAAGUACAAAGUUUAGAAAAAACAAAACGAAAGAUUCAAAAGGCACUUCUAAACCAUUAA